AUGCUGGUUAAUGAACGGCGAGAGUGUCGAGAUAUGGCAGGGCAGUUGCUGAGGGCAUGUGGGGCGGCUGGUAGGGUUACUCAUCGAGAGCUUAGGAAGUUCGAUACGUGUUGGAGUCGCACUGUAGAGGUGGAGAUAUCGGGUGGAGUUCGAGCUAAUGUUAUGUUACGGCUACUAGGGGUGAAGGACACCCCCACUAAGACAGUUAAGGGGGGGUUAGGAACCUCAUUAACGGCAGCAUGGUGGAAGGUGGCUGUGGCCUUGUAUGAUCUUGUUGGUUACAAUGCACUAGGCUUUGAACUGGACUGGGCAUGCAGUAGAGAAGGGGAUCCGAUACUCCUCAAAGACCUGACCUAUGGACAGCGAACAGAGGUUUUCAUACGAGCUAUGGAGGAGAGCAAGGUCAAGGCUUGGUCGCUGAUAGUGAUGGCUUGGGGAGGGGCAUGCGAGAUAUUCUUCCAUCUUGCUACUAUGCGGCCUAAGCUUCUGGGUGAGAUCUAUUCUGAGGUCCACCCAGUGAUAGAAGGGGCGUUGCCUCCUGUGAAGACACUACUGAAUAGAAUCGGGCAUAUGAGGGUCAUGGUCCUCCAGACCUUCCCUUACUGGGUGCAUGCGGCUCGGGAGAUCCUUAGUGCUAUGAGCAAGGUUGGCAUAUGUGAGGAGCUGGAGGAGUGGUAUGCUUUUGAAGAAGACGAAGUGGCCCUUCCUGAGGCGACUGAGAGUGGGAGAGGAGCCCUUAUCGAGCUUCCGAGAUAUGCAGUGUGUGCUGUGGCUAAGUUCCUACUUGGACAGGGGGAGGGCACUCUCCCCGCUAUGGGAGGACCUGUGGACCAAGAGAGGCUUGUUUGUUGGGGUGAUGAUAAGCUGAAGGAAGUUGGCUCCACUGGGAGUAGCGCUGAGCUCCGAGAGGAUCUCUUCCGUAACCAGCCUGAGUCAGAGUUUGCCCGUAAAAUCAGAGAAAUGGAGGAGGAAGAUUCUCGGGAGGCCCUGAAUCUGGGGAGAGGUGAGGCGACUGGGGACGAUGCUGAUGAAGGCAGUAGAGGUCCGGACGGAAAGGUGGAAAAGGCGUGUCGGUUCGUUAAUGAGAUGUACGGCAUUCGUUGCAGCUUCCCUAGAGAGGGCAGGUCGCGGUUUUGCUCCAUUCACCAGGGGGCUGGCAAGAAGGCCCCAAGGGGCUGUGCUUAUUGGAUUCUCAGACGGCAGGGCUACUGCCCCCUCCCUAAGGAACAUGGUAGUCAGUUCUGCCCGGUGCAUAGGCCGGGGUCGGCUCCUGAGCGGAGCGAUGGUCGGAGAUGGACCCUUGGGGUAUCUACUGACAAGCUCGCCUCGAGGGAUGAAGACUUCGAGGGACUUGUGAUGGUGUGUUUGGCCUGUAGGAGUAAGGUGGCUAGCAUGGACACGUGA